CCGGCAUAGGGUCAUUUGUUCAAAAGCCUUUAGCAACGUUUCGGCAUACCAAUCAAGCAAUAUUUCUAAACAUUUAAACAAGACUUUUCUGAUUCUGAACAUUUUUUAUUUGAAUAUUUAUCUGCAAGUAUUACACGGCUAAGUAUGGUUAACAUUCACAGCUUCGGUCGCAUCAUGGCUAACCGUUGCACGGACCUCAUUCGGACUCGAAAGGACUCAUUUCAAAUACGCCACUAUACUCGUUACUAUCCCCGACCCAGUACAAUCGCUCAGUACGUUCCCGAGCAUCAGAAAAUCCGGGAACGUGAAAAGAGUAGAUCCUACAUAAAGAAUAAGAGUCGAUCCAUGUGGGAGCUAGACGGAGGCCGUGCGCAAAUCUCGACCCAAGAGGACCAAAUGCGCCUGGAUGAGAACCAGUACCGUCCAAGAGGGAUUAAGCAGCGGAUGUACGACUGUACCUGGGACAAUUAUCCGGAGAGCGUGGCAGCAAAGCACCCGAAUAAUGUCGUGCAUGUAGAACCACAUCCCCGACGACGACGAAGCCAGGAAGAGCGGCCUAACACUGCAAAGGCUUGUGAUGAUGACGCCCUGGUCUUUAUGAGCCAGUGGGAUAAUAAUUUAGCUAUGAUCAACCGUAACCGCUUUUCAAAGGCAACGGGUCAGUGUCCGGCGUCCAUUGUAACGCCUCAGAUGAGGGAUGCCCUGCUAAUCAGGAAACGACAAUUCUUUUACUAAAGUCGGCUAAGUUUUUGUGGCUAAAACUAUGUCUAAAAAAUAACUGCUUCAGCCGUUUUAAAUCUUUAGUAUUCGAAGCAUGCUAGUGUGAUGAAAAUUCCAAGAUUGCUUGUUUUUGUCUGGACGAUAAAUUAACUAUAUUAAAAAAAACAAGUAUAAAAAUUGACUAUAUAAAUAAAGUAUGAAAAAUCGAUCCAAUAAAGUAUAACUGUCAAAUAAA